CUGAGUGCGCGGCGAAGAAUUCAGCCGCCGGAGGACUUUUCUUCGACCAAUUAAAACUUCUUAAUUUUUCGUGACUAAAAAAAACCGUUAACGGGGACAGACACCAGCGGGAGGACACAUGCGAAAAUGCGAGGAGACAUUCGGGAAGAGAGUGCGUGCUUAUUAAAGAUUCAGCGCGGGAGAACAGACAUUAUCGCCCUUUCAGACCUGUGGCAGCACCGAGGAUAAACUCCGACACUAACGGGCUUCAAACAUCAUUGAAUGGGGUGAAACGAAGCGGGGUUUUCUCGAAAAGGCGAGCCCAAAGCUUUUCCAAGCAGCCAAAAAAAAAAAAAAAAAAGCCAAAGGGAAGGGGAGGAGAGGGGGGCAAAGAAAACGCCCUGCUGCCUGUUGCUGGUAUCUCCAAAUUCAAACUUUAUCGCCGAGUUUGGGGAAAAAUGCAUCUUUCACUUAACGGGAGGUGAUAAUUCAAGUGUAUACGUUGUGUUUACUAGCUCAAAGCCACAUAGCUGGCUAACUGAAGGCCCGCUCACUUGGCAAGUUUUUUUUUUUUUCUUUUCUUUUUUUGGGGUGGGGGGAGCGGGGAGUCUCUCUGCUUUGGGAAUAUUUUCUCUUCAUUGUGCACACUAUUCCUGUUGGAGGCGAGUUGGGUGGGCUGCGAGCCCAAGGCUGCUCCGCUAGGCCCACGGCCAUUAGCCAGGAACAAAGAGGUUUCACAUGUAAACUCAAACAGUUUUGGGAAACCUGUCCGUAUUUCUGCUCCGCUUUGACCGAAACGACCGAGCCGCCGCCGCCGCAGUCAUGUCGCUGGGCGCCGAGAAGAGGAUUGAAACCCGGCUGAAGAAGCUGGAGGACAUGAUCAGAGAUCCCAGAUCUUCCGUAAACUUGGAAAGUUUACUGGACUCCAUGAACGCCCUGGUCUUAGACUUGGACUACCCUGCACUACGCAAGAACAAAAACAUCGAAACCUUCUUAAACAGAUAUGAGAAAGUCAUAGGACAAAUUCGAGACCUCCAGAUGAAGUCUGAAGACUUUGACCGGGUUAAGGUCAUUGGUCGAGGGGCAUUUGGUGAAGUCCAACUGGUCAGGCAUAAAGCCUCUCAGAAGGUUUACGCCAUGAAGCUGCUGAGCAAGUUUGAGAUGAUCAAGCGCUCUGACUCCGCCUUUUUCUGGGAAGAGAGGGACAUCAUGGCCUUCUCUAACAGUCCCUGGGUUGUGCAGCUAUGCUGUGCCUUUCAAGAUGAGCACUACCUCUACAUGGUGAUGGAGUACAUGCCAGGAGGGGACUUGGUGAACCUCACCAGCACCUAUGACGUGCCAGAGAAAUGGGCCAAAUUCUACACAGCCGAGGUCGUGAUGGCCCUGGACGCCAUUCACUCCAUGGGCUUCAUCCACCGUGACGUCAAGCCGGACAACAUGCUGCUGGACAGGCUUGGACACCUCAAGCUGGCCGACUUUGGCACGUGCAUGAAGAUGGACUCUACCGGCAUGGUGCACUGUGACACAGCAGUUGGGACUCCAGACUACAUCUCUCCGGAGGUGCUGAAGUCCCAGGGAGGAGAUGGUUAUUAUGGGAGAGAGUGCGACUGGUGGUCUGUAGGCGUCUUCAUCUUUGAGAUGCUUGUUGGUGACACACCGUUCUACGCUGACUCUCUGGUGGGAACGUACAGUAAGAUAAUGGACCAUAAGAACUCUCUGAACUUCCCAGAUGAUGUGGAGAUCUCCAAAGAUGCCAAGAAUAUCAUCUGUGCCUUCCUGACUGACAGGGAGGUGCGGUUGGGCAGGAAUGGCGUGGACGAGAUCAAGCGACACCCAUUCUUCAAGAACGACCAGUGGACCUUCGACACCAUCAGAGACACGGUGGCCCCUGUGGUCCCAGAGCUGAGCAGUGACAUAGACACCAGUAACUUUGAUGAGAUUGAAGAUGACAAAGGCGAUGUAGAAACAUUUCCCACUCCUAAGGCUUUUGUAGGAAAUCAGUUACCCUUUGUUGGCUUCACUUACUUCAAAGAAGACCAGUUACUAAAUGCUUCCAACAAUUCCUCAGCGACCCAUGACAAUGUGAAAGGAGAGUCAGCAGCUUUGCAGAAGAAGCUUCGCCAGAUAGAGGUGCAGCUGAAUAAUGAGAAGCAGGUCAAAGAUGAUGUAGAGCACAAAUACAGAGCUGCUACGAGUCGUCUGGACAAAAUCUCUAAAGAACUUGAGGAAGAGGUGAGCGGAAGAAAGAACCUGGAGUCGAGUCUGAGGCAGCUGGAGAGGGAGAAGGCCCUGCUGCAGCACAAGAGCCUGGAGAGCCACCGCAAGGCCGAGAGCGAGGCUGACAGGAAGCGCUGCCUGGAGAAUGAAGUCAACAGCCUACGAGACCAGCUGGAUGACAUGAAGAGAAGAAACCAGAAUUCCCACAUUUCAAAUGAAAAGAACAUUCACCUGCAGAAACAGCUGGAAGAGGCCAACACGCUGCUGCGGGCAGAGUCUGAGGCGGCGACGAGGCUCCGUAAAACCCAGACGGAGAGCAGCAAGCAGCUGCAGCAGCUGGAGGCCAACGUACGCGAGCUGCAGGACAAAUGCUGCCUGCUGGAGCGCAGCAAGCUGAGUCUGGAGAAGGAAUGCAUCAGCCUGCAGGCGGCUCUGGAGACGGAGAGGAGGGAGCACAGCCAGGGCUCGGAGACCAUCAGUGACCUUAUGGGACGCAUCUCCGGUCUGGAGGAUGAGGCGCGUCAGCAGAGACAGGCUCUGUCCAAAGCUGAGACUGAGAAGAGACAGCUUCAGGAGAAACUCACUGAUCUAGAGAAGGAGAAGAGCAACAAAGAGAUCGAUUUGACCUACAAGCUGAAGGUGCUGCAGCAGGAGCUGGAGCAGGAGGAGACCUCUCAUAAGGCCACCAAGGCACUGCUGGCAGACAAGAGCAAGAUCAAAGUAACCAUCGAGGGCGCCAAGUCAGAGUCCAUGAAGGAGAUGGAGCAGAAGCUGGCGGAGGAGCGUGCAGCCAAACUGCGUCUGGAGAACAGAAUACUGGAGCUGGAGAAACACAGCAGCAUGAUGGACUGUGACUAUAAACAGGCCUUACAGAAACUAGAUGAGCUGCGCAGACAUAAGGACCGCCUCACUGAGGAGGUGAAGAACCUGACGCUGAAGAUCGAGCAGGAGACCCAGAAGCGUACCCUGACUCAGAACGACCUGAAGGCCCAGAACCAACAGCUCAGUUCUCUGAGAACGUCAGAGAAACAGCUCAAACAGGAGACUAAUCACCUGCUGGACAUUAAACGCAGCUUGGAGAAACAGAACCAAGAGCUGCGCAAAGAAAGACAGGACACAGACGGGCAAAUAAAGGAAUUACAGGACCAGUUAGAAGCUGAGCAGUAUUUCUCUACAUUGUAUAAGACCCAGGUUCGUGAACUAAAGGAGGAGUGUGAGGAGAGAAACAAACUCUACAAAGAUGUGCAGCAGUCUGUGCAGGAGCUACAAGAGGAGAGGGACUCAUUGGCGGCUCAGCUUGAGAUCACUCUGACAAAGGCUGACUCAGAGCAGCUGGCGCGCUCCAUCGCCGAGGAGCAGUACUCAGACCUGGAGAAGGAGAAAAUAAUGAAGGAGCUGGAGCUGAAGGAGAUGAUGGCCCGCCAUCGUCAAGAGCUGGCUGAGAAGGACAUCACCAUCAGCUCGCUGGAGGAGGCGAAUCGCACCCUGACCAGUGACGUUGCCAACCUCGCCAAUGAGAAGGAGGAGCUGAACAACAAACUGAAGGAGGCAAUGGAAGAGUCCGAGAAGUCGAAGGAUUGGGAGCAGCAGAUCAGCCAGAUGAAACAAACAUUUGAGAGGCAGCUGCAGUCCGAGAGGACGCUGAAAACUCAGGCCGUCAAUAAGCUGGCGGAGAUCAUGAACAGGAAGGAGGUACGUGGCGGAAGCAGUCGCCGUGGUAACGACACAGACAUGCGGCGAAAGGAGAAGGAGAACAGGAAGCUGCAGUUGGAGCUGAGAUCGGAGAAGGAAAAGCUCAACAGCACCAUCAUCAAAUACCAGAAGGAGAUCAACGAAAUGCAAGCGCAAUUGGCGGAUGAGAGCCAGAUGCGUAUUGAGCUGCAGAUGGCUCUGGACAGUAAGGACAGUGAUAUCGAGCAGCUGAGGAGUCUCCUGCAGUCGCUCAGUGUGCAAUCAAUGGACUCAGCCAGUGUCAGCAGUGGACCAGAGUUUGAUGCUGACGAUGCGUACACAGAAACGAGGCUUGAGGGGUGGCUCUCUCUCCCUGUGAGAAACAACACCAAGAAGUUUGGAUGGGAGAAAAAGUAUGUUGUAGUGAGCAGCAAGAAGAUCCUCUUCUACAACAGUGAGCAAGACCGAGAGCAGUCCAUUCCCUACAUGGUGCUUGAUAUAGACAAACUCUUCCAUGUGAGGCCUGUCACUCAAACGGAUGUGUACCGUGCUGACGCCAAAGAGAUUCCCAGGAUAUUCCAGAUUCUUUAUGCCAAUGAAGGCGAGAGCAAAAAGGAGCCAGAGUUUCCUGUGGAGCCGCUGCCCAUUGGAGAGAAGUCCAGCUACAUCUGCCACAAGGGCCACGAGUUCAUCCCCACGCUCUACCACUUCCCCACCAACUGUGAGGCGUGCACCAAGCCGCUGUGGAACAUGUUUAAGCCGCCGCCUGCUCUGGAGUGCCGCCGCUGCCACAUCAAGUGCCACAAAGACCACAUGGACAAGAAGGAGGAGAUCAUUGCUCCCUGCAAAGUAAACUACGACGUGUCCACGGCCAAGAACCUGCUGCUGCUGGCUGUGUCCCAGGAGGAGCAGCAGAAGUGGGUGAGCCGGUUGGUCAAGAAGAUUCCCAAGAAGCCUCCACCGCCAGAGCACUUUGCACGCUCCUCGCCACGCGCCUCCAUGAAAGUUCAGCCCAGCCAGUCCAUGAGGAGGCCCAGUCGACAGCUCCCCACCAGCAAGAGCAGCCCUCGCAGGUCAAAUGGCUUCAAAAUGAGGCGAGAAGAAUCCAACAGUGGACACUGGUAUAAAUGAUGACUUCCCCAAUCUUUUGCUUCCUUCAGCCAGAUGUUUUCCAGUAAACGGCUAAAUUACUGAAUGUGUGUAUGUUUGUAUACCAUAAAAAAAAGGGUCUUUUUGCACUGAAGGAGGGGGGGGACACAGUCCUGGUUGUCAGUCUAGUGGUGGUGGUGGUGGUACUGUGUUCACAUAUGUUGGAGUGCUGGUGCUAGUUUGGGGUUCUCUAAAUGUGAGGGAAACAUUUGACAGCUCACCUGGUAACAGGGAUCACUUCACCACUGGGUGUUUAGAAGGGAAGCAGAUCCAUUGAUCAUUAUUUUAUUGUUGAAGGUUGUUUUAUAUCAGGGCAGAACGUGUCCAAUUAUAUCACAAUUUUGCACAUGCACUGCAAGUAUAUAUAUAUUUUAUAUAUAUUUAUUUUUGAAGUCUGGAGUAUCAGUAUUGCUGUAAACAUCCAGGAGUGGUCAGUCUAUUCUUCAUGCCCUGAAAAAAAAAGUUUUGCAGCCAGAAAUAAAACCUCUCACCUCAGGCCAAAUCAAUCCAACCCAACCACUGGAUUAAUUUGUCUAUAUAAAAAAAGAGGACUCACUGGUAUUACUACAAAGUUCUUGCACACCAUAAAGGUCGUAUUGACGUGCAUACAUAAGGUCUCACCUCUGGGGAAAAAAAACAAAGAAUCUUGCACAAAUGGAUAAACUCUUAUUGGUGAAAGUCUGAAGACCGAAACCUUAAAUAAGUGAUGCCAGAUCCUUUAGUCCGUGUUAUUUAAAUCUUAGAUCUCUGAUCUUCUUGACAUAUUUAGGAUUUGCUGAGACUAACCUUGUGUCUGUUUGUCUCUCUU